AUAUUGCUUCAGAAGGACUUUAUGAAGGUGAGACUAGUACUAGUACAGAUGUGAGCCAGAGGAAUGGUUUUGAUAAGUGCUUUGCAGAGGUCAAUGGAAGUAUCCUGCGUCAACUUUUUGUGACAGUCAGUCCAAAACUAUGUUUGCUGUCAAACAACAUGUGUCUGGAUUGAAAAGGUUUUCGGAUGGGGGGAAUCUAUCUGAAGAAAACAGCUCACUUGAUAUGGAUGAUGCAGCCCAAUUUAAUGAUAUCCCGGAUUCUUUUCUUAACAUUGAUCCUAACAAAUACCCUCUUGUUGUUACUUUCCACAAGUUCUUAAUGAUGCUUGAUGGAACAGUAGGUAAUUCCUACUUUGAAAGGUUUCUUGGUCUGAGGGAACUUUUCCAUUGUAAAUCUAGAAGCUCAAGAUCAGUUGCUUUGGAAACUUUCAUAAGAACCAAGGAGGUUAACUAUGAGAGGUUUUGUGCAGAGUAUUGGCCUCAUCUUAAUCGCCAUUUUAGUUAUCUACUAACAAAGAAGCUAGAUCCUUCUAGAGUGUUUACUGAGAUAAUUUCUCAUAUAAAAGGUGGUUUGGGAGCAGGCAAGACACAAGAAGGUAAGCUCUCCCAAGAGGAUUAUGUUUCCCUUUCUGAGGGUCGGACCACCUUGAACAAGGCGAAUAGAGAGAUGAUUUAUGCUGUUUUCCAAGAUUAUGAGAAAAGAAAAAUGAAAAAUGGUGAGUUUGAUGUAUCCGAUUUUGUGAUUGAUCUUCAUCUUCGGCUAAAACGUUACAAAUUUGAGGGUGAAGCUAUGGAUUUUGUAUAUAUUGAUGAAGUUCAAGAUCUUACAAUGAGGCAAAUUGCCCUCUUCAAAUAUGUCUGUCGGAAUGUGGAGGAAGGCUUUGUUUUUGCAGGUGACACGGCACAGACUAUUGCUAGGGGGAUUGAUUUUAGAUUCCAAGAUAUACGAUCUCUAUUCUACAAUGAGUUUGUAAUGGAGUCAAAGGGAGACAAUUGUGUUAGAAGAAAGGAGAAAGGGCAUAUAUCAGAAAUUAAAACCCUAAGCCAAAACUUUCGUACCCAUGAUGGUGUCCUUAGGUUAGCACAGAGUGUGAUUGACCUUCUUUAUCAUUUCUUUCCUCAUUCUAUUGAUGUUCUGGAACCUGAGAUGAGUCUUAUAUACGGUGAAGCUCCAAUACUUCUUGAAUCUGGAAAUGAUGAAAAUGCAAUUGUAUCUAUUUUUGGUAAGAGUGGAAAUGCUGGUGGGGACUUCGUAGGUUUUGGUGCUGAGCAGGUUAUCUUAGUACGUGAUGAUUGUGCUAGGAUGGAAAUGUCUAGCUCUGUUGGAAAGCGAGCUCUUAUUUUGACUAUUGUGGAGUGCAAGGGCUUAGAGUUUCAGGAUGUAUUACUGUACAACUUUUUUGGCUCAUCACCUCUGAAAAAUCAAUGGAGAGUAAUCUACCAGUUUAUGAAAGAACUAGAUCUUCUUGAUGCUUCUGUCCCCUCUCAAAGUUUCAACGAGGCAAAGCACAAUGUCUUGUGUUCUGAACUGAAGCAAUUAUAUGUGGCAAUUACUCGCACAAGACAAAGAUUGUGGAUUUGUGAAAACAAUGAGGAGCUCUCAAAGCCAAUUUUUGAUUAUUGGAAGAAGAAAUCCCUUGUCCAAGUAAAACAAUUGGAUGAUUCACUUGCACAGGCUAUGCAAGUUGCAAGCAGUCCAGAUGAAUGGAAGUCACGCGGAGAAAAGCUAUUUUAUGAGAAUAACUUUGAGAUGGCAACAAUGUGCUUUGAAAGGGCUGGGGACACAAAGUGGGAAAGAAGGGCCAAGGCUUCUGGCCUUAAGGCAGCUGCAGACAGAGUGCGGAGCUCGAAUCCUGAAGGGGCUCAAACUGUCCUUAGGCAAGCUGCUGAGAUAUUUGAAUCGAUUGGUAGAGCUGAAUCUGCUGCCGAGUGUUUUUGUGACUUGGGGGAGUAUGAAACUGCAGGGAGACUUUAUUUGGAUAAGUGUGGGGAAUCCAGGCUUGAGAAAGCCGGGGAGUGUUUUUCUUUGACAGGUUGUUAUAAACCUGCAGCUGAAGUGUAUGCUAGGGGAAAUUAUUUUUCAGAGUGCUUGUCGGUUUGCACCAAAGGAAAACUAUUCGACACGGGAUUGCAGUACAUUCAGGACUGGAAACAGCACGCUGCUAGAGAUAAUGUCAUGGUUAAAAGAGGUAAAGAAAUAGACAUAAUUGAACAACGGUUCCUAGUAAGCUGCGCGCUUCAUUAUUAUGAGCUCAAGGAUAACCAAUACAUGAUGAAGUUUGUGAUGGCUUUCAACUCAAUGCAUGCAAAACGCGACUUCUUGAAGUCCUUGAAUUGUCUCGAUGAGCUUCUGGUCGUGGAAGAAGAAUCAGGAAACUUUUUGGAGGCUGCAGAGAUUGCGAAGCUGAAAGGGGAUCUUCUUGUUGAGGCUGAUCUGUUGGGGAAGGCUGGGCAUUUUAAGGAGGCAUCCAUGCUUAUGUUAUGCUAUGCCUUCUCCAAUUCCCUAUGGGCAUCUAGAGGCAGGGGUUGGCCACUUAAGGAUUUUGCUCGAAAGGAGGAGAUUGUAUCUAAAGCUAAGUCAUUCGCUGGAAAGACAGAGUCAGAUGUUUUCUAUGAAUUUGUUUGCACUGAAGUGAACAUUUUAUCAACCGAAGAAACGGGGUUGCUCCAGUUUAACCAGUAUUUGGAUGCUUCUAGGCGUAAUAAGAGCCUCAGAGGUGAAUUCUUGUCCAUACGAAAAAUACUGGAUAGUCAUCUGCAUUCAGAAAUCUCCAAGUAUGAGUGGGAAGAUGAACUGGCUGAUGAUCAUCUGAUAAAACAUUCAGGAGAAAGAAAUUCACAUAACAAUGUUUCUGUUGGAACACUGAUGUACUUUUGGAAUCUUUGGAAGGACAAGGUUGAACAUAUAUUUGAGUACCUAGGGUGUCUUGAAACAGAUGAUGUUAGCAAACAUAUGAUUAUGGCGACUUUAUUUUGAACUAUUUUGGUGUGCAGAGGCAGUUGAAAAUUAUGCGGAGGCAGGUGAAAAAUAUGAAUACCAGUUACCUUUUUCUCAUCCCUGACGCUCACUGGGUGAGAGAGAUUGAUGACAGGUGUCUUCAGAGAAGUGGGAAGUUGGUGU